AUGAAAACCUUUAUUGCUUUACUUGUUUUAAUUAUUUCCUCAGUUUUCGCCGCACCUUUUGACAAAAGACAAGAGCCAGACGCUUGUGGUGGAUUCCGUAUCACUUCACCAAAUCAAAGUGGCCUUCAAUGGACUAAUGGAGAAUGCUAUCAAGUUUCAUUCGACGCCGGAAACAACGCAGCCGGCGCUCUUAAAAUAACGUCAAUCGAUCUAGUCGACUCGAACGGAAACGUCGUAAAGCCACAAUGGACUGGUUCGGUGGAUGCUACUCAAGGCUACGUCCCAAACUUCAACUUGAAUAUUCCUAAAACCGGAACUUAUAACUUCCGGGUGAAUGCACAGCCAACUGCUGGUGCUAAGUGUACUCGUGACACAGUCACUUUUACGGGAACUUAUAAUCCUAAUAGCGGAUCUGCGCAAUGUUAG